AUGUCCAACGACGUUAGCCGAGAACAUCGCAGAGCCGUCCUGGCGGCUAUUCAAACUUUUUCAACAGCGACAGCAACCGCCUCAGGGCCACCACAGGCCACCUCGGCUCCCACCACCUACAAUAACCCACCGGGGCCAGCCACACCCACCACCUCCACUGGAACAUCAUACCGCUCGGGCUCCAGCACCAGCACUACCAUACCUUCACCAACAACAGACUUUGCUCCAGUGACCUGUCUGUCAAAUGACUACCAAGGAAGACAUCAGAUUUCCAAAGAGGAGCUUGAACAUGUUCUUUCACUGAAAACCACCUUUACAGAAGCGGCAUCUAUUCUUUCAAUCUCAAGGCCAACUUUCUACAAGUUACUGCAUGACUAUAAUAUCCCAACGUCAAAAUUUAAGAGCAUCAGUGAUCAACAAUUGGAUCUUGAAGUGUCACAAAUAAAAACUGAACACCCAAAUGUUGGAGAAGUGAUGCUUAUGGGGCAUCUCCGCUCCAAAAACAUUGUGGUUCAAAGACAACGUGUAAGAGAUUCACUGCGAAGGAUGGACCCAAUUGGUGUCCUAGCCAGGAGAAGAACAGCAAUAGCUCGGCGAGUAUACUCUGUCCCACAUCCAAAUUUCAUAUGGCAUGUAGACGGAAACCAUAAGUUGAUUCGGUGGAAAUUGGUUGUUCAUGGAGCCAUAGACGGCUACAGUAGGAUGUUGAUGUUUCUUCACUGCUCCAACAAUAAUCGUGCUGAAACUGUAAGAGACCUCUUUACUGCAGCUGUUGGACAGUUUGGCAGACCACUGCACAUCAGGACUGAUCACGGAGGAGAGAACGUUCAGAUUUGGGAGGAUAUGCAUGCAAGCAGGGGGGAAGGCUCUGUCUUAACAGGAAGUUCUGUACACAACCAGAGGAUCGAGCGUUUUAACCGAGACUUGAACAAAAACUGCAGCCAUAUUUAUGCACCCAUUUUUUAUGAACUGGAAUCCCUGGGUAUCCUAGACAUAGACAAUGCAACAGACCUAUUUUGUCUCCAUUAUGUCUUUCUACCCAGAAUCAACCGUACUUUGGAGGAAUUCAAAGCUGGAUUUAACAAUCACUCUAUGUCAUCUGAAGGAAAUAGAACACCAGUUCAGCUUUUUAGUCUGGACAAUGAUUUGCCUCAUCUUCACAACCCAGAACUCUCAACAGCAGGGUUAGUUUUUUGUUCCUCACCAAACUCUCAAAGAGGAUUUUCCCCAUUGAAUGACAGGGAUUUGCAAGAACUGAAUGAUGCCAUUAACCCUCUUCAAAAUGACAACAACAAUGGCAAAACAUUGUUUCAGAGAACACAACAGUUUAUUUUUGAUAAACUUGUAAAUGUGUGAUCUUAGCAUAACAUGGGACAACUAGGUAACAUUAGCCUUAUUGUACUUUCAAAAGUACACUGUGAAACAAAUAUUGAUGUUUUGUUGUGCUUCUUGAACUGCAAGAUUUAAAGCCUCUUGCCAGCAUAUACAGUCAUGUGAAAAAAUUUGGACACCCAUGCUAAAGUUGACUAAAAAGAGGUAUAAAAAUCUUUUGCAAUUUGAUCUUAAUGUCUUAAUUUUAAAAAAUGAGGAAAAAUCCAAUUUUUAAGGACACCAAUUUUCU